AUGGCGGACUGGAGACAAGUACUCAACUACGCCGAUGUUGGCACUGCCCGCCUGAUCAUCCAGCUGCAAAUGCAAGAUGCCGCUGCCAUCGCCUCCAUGCCCGCUGGCAACACGGCGGAUCAGACUCGACGUGACGCAGACUUCGCCCGCCAGCUCUUUGAGGAAGACCUCAAGGAUAUUCAUGGCCAGCUGCCUGAUCGUGCGUUGGGCGAGAAGUUGACGGUCACAGAGAAUCGCCGCGAGGGCCGUUUCGAGCAGGCGGCGUUCUCCUGGCAUUUCGAUGAGCGGGAGAAGCAAGUCGUCCAGGCACCCACUACCCCUUCGAACAAGCUCCUCAUGUGCCUCAUCUGCACAGACAACUACCCCGAGCAAGAAACAGUCGAAGCCCCAUGCUCACAUGUCUACUGUCGCAACUGUCUGGAACAUUUGUUCAGAUCGUCGAUGAAGGACGAGACGCUCUACCCCCCUCGCUGCUGCAAACAGCACAUCCCGAUCCACGACGCCCACCGCAUCCUUCCACGCGUUCUUAGAGACGAGUUCAUCGACCGCAAGGAAGAGCUCGAGACGCUGGACAAGACAUACUGUUUUCGACCUCAGUGUUCCGCCUUCAUUCGGCCCAGCACUAUCAAUGGCGAUCGUGCCCAAUGCCCACGUUGCAUGCGAUCUACCUGUACUCUCUGCAAAAGUCGGUACCAUUCAGGCGACUGUGAAGCCGAUCCGGGCUACGACCAGCUCCUCGCUGCUGCUACCGAGAACAACUGGAAGAGAUGUUCGGCUUGCCGUCGGUUCGUUGAGCUGAAACAUGGCUGCAACCACAUCACCUGCCGCUGCAGGCAUGAGUUCUGCUACGUCUGCGGUGAGGAAUGGAAGACAUGCGACUGCCCCAAUUGGGAUGAAGCUCGUCUACUUGAACGGGGACAUCGCGUCGCGCGGAACUUCAUGCCUCCGGAAGAUCACGCACAAGGUCAAGCUCGGGUGCAUGCUUUCGCUGGAGCUCUGACUGUAGUACCGCGUGGCGCACAGGAUGAAGGGGCGGAGGAUCAGCGCCCCGCGACUAUGGAAGUGCUGGCACGGAUUCGUCAGCGUGCUUUGCAGGGACGGCAAGCGCAACACGAUGCCGCAAUGGCUCAAGCAGUCCAGCAAGCUGUCGAACACAUCCGCAACAACCACGAAUGCGACCACGAGCGCUUUCAGACGUAUAGAGAUUUGGGGCAACGCAUCGACUGCGAGAUGUGCGGACACCAGUUCCGGACGUGGAUUCCUCAGUGCAGGCAAUGCUUGAUGCUGCUAUGUGUGAGAUGCAAGAACAACAGGCUGUGA